UAUUUUGGAGAUCAAAGAUGGGUAGAAAAGACUCUUCCACUACCAAACUUCCUGUUGAUCAGUACAGAAAGCAAAUUGGUAAACAAGAUUAUAAAAAAACCAAACCUAUUCUACGAGCAACCAAACUAAAAGCAGAAGCAAAGAAAACAGCUAUCGGCAUAAAGGAGGUUGGCCUCAUGCUCGCAGCUAUACUGGCCCUCUUACUGGCUUUCUAUGCUUUCUUUUACCUCCGACUGUCCACGAAUAUUGACGCUGAUCUGGACCCAGAUGAAGACUAGCUGAGCAGGAAUCAGAAAAGGAAAAGAACUAAGUCUGAUAUGAGCAUCUUUGGGGACAAAUACAUUGCAAUUUCCAACACUAGAACAGUUCGAAAAUUUGCUUCUUGGUACUGUCAGUCAGUUUGCAGAAUUAUCUUUGUGCUUAAUGGCAUAGGGUAUCAGAAAAAGACCUUACCCAGCAAUCCGGGAUCAUGUAUCUAUUUGAUACUUUAUAAAUCUCUCUGCCCUGGCAGAUAUCCUCUUCAGGGUACCGUUUAACAAGAUGGAAACAUUUUUUUUUCAGAUUUCUUUCCAAUUUACAUGUACAACUCCAUCGGUUACAAGUCACUAAACCUAUUAUAUCCUAUGUAUUUUGUAAGAAAAAUAUAUAUUGCCAUUUGCAGAAGCAUACUCAAAAUCAUAUUCAGAAUCCAAGAAGGAGCAGAAAGUGAUAGGAAAUUUCUAAUUUACAAAGAAGCAUGCUUUCUCUGCAGACAUAUUUUAUGUCAUUAGGGAGACUAUCUGCACAUACAUCUACAGUAAUCUUUUCCUUCCCGCCAACUGUUCGUGCACAUGUGCUGCGUCAGAAAUGGCACCUGCAUGACAGAAGCUCAAAGAGUCACAUAUGUCCCUAAAGUGGAGUUCCUCGUCUCCUGGGCUGCCUGAACUGGUGUAAAUAGAAAGUUCAGCUGAUCUUGAUUUUAAUUAACUUAUUACACCAUUAAUAUAAAGUUGGGAUUCUAUAUUAAUUAUGUUGUUCUGGCUGCCUGCAGUAUCAGUUUGCCCCUCAUUUAGGGAGCUGUGUAACAAUCUGCCAUCUAAUCGUGCAGGGUUUUCUACGCUGCAGAAUUAGCAGGGGCGUACGUACAUCGAAUUAUUUUAUUGGCUCGUUUCUUAAAUGUGAGCAUUACAAAGUUUUUUAUCGCAUUUUGUCUCUUGUGAAUUAAUUAUGACUCUGUAGAGAAAAAUAAACAAUAGAAAAAUAUGUCACAUUUUA